AUGAACGCUGCGGCCAGCAGCUACACCAUGGCCUCCUUGUAUGUGGGCGACCUGCACUCGGAUGUCACCGAAGCCAUGCUAUAUGAAAAGUUCAGUCCUGCGGGGCCUGUGCUGUCCAUCUGGGUCUGCAGAGAUAUGAUCACCCGCCGCUCUCUGGGUUAUGCCUAUGUCAACUUCCAGCAGCCAGCUGACGCUGAGAGAGCCUUGGACACCAUGAACUUUGAUGUGAUUAAAGGAAAGCCCAUUCGGAUCAUGUGGUCUCAGAGGGAUCCCUCUUUGAGAAAGUCUGGUGUGGGGAAUGUCUUCAUCAAGAAUCUGGACAAAUCUAUAGACAACAAGGCACUUUAUGAUACCUUUUCAGCCUUUGGAAACAUCCUGUCCUGUAAGGUGGUUUGUGAUGAGAAUGGCUCUAAGGGUUAUGCCUUUGUCCACUUCGAGACUCAAGAGGCUGCAGACAAGGCCAUCGAGAAGAUGAAUGGCAUGCUCCUCAAUGACCGCAAAGUGUUUGUGGGCAGAUUCAAGUCUCGCAAAGAGCGUGAAGCUGAGCUUGGAGCCAAGGCCAAGGAAUUCACCAAUGUUUAUAUCAAAAACUUUGGGGAAGACGUGGAUGAUGAUAACCUGAAAGAGCUAUUCAGUCAGUUUGGUAAAACCCUCAGUGUCAAAGUGAUGAGAGAUCCCAGUGGGAAAUCCAAAGGCUUUGGCUUUGUAAGUUACGAGAAGCACGAGGAUGCCAAUAAGGCUGUGGAAGAAAUGAAUGGAAAGGAAAUGUGUGGGAAAGCCCUAUUUGUAGGCCGUGCACAGAAAAAAGUAGAACGUCAAGCUGAAUUAAAACGGAAAUUUGAGCAGCUGAAGCAGGAGCGAAUUCGUCGGUACCAGGGAGUGAAUCUCUACAUUAAGAACUUGGACGACACCAUUGAUGAUGAGAAAUUACGAAAGGAGUUUUCUCGUUUUGGAUCGAUCACCAGCGCUAAGGUGAUGCUAGAAGAUGGGAGAAGCAAAGGGUUUGGCUUUGUCUGCUUCUCGUCUCCUGAAGAGGCAACCAAAGCAGUCACUGAGAUGAACGGACGAAUUGUGGGCUCCAAGCCACUGUAUGUUGCCCUGGCACAGAGGAAGGAAGAGCGGAGGGCUCACCUGACCAACCAGUAUAUGCAGCUACUGGCAGGCAUGAGAGCGCUCCCUGCUAAUGCCAUCUUAAAUCAGUUCCAGCCUGCGACCGGUGGCUACUACAUGCCAGCAGUUCCUCAGGCUCAGGGAAGACCUCCAUGUUACACACCUAACCAACUAGCACAGAUGAGGCCUAAUCCACGCUGGCAGCAAGGCGGGAGACCUCAAGGCUUCCAAGGAAUGCCAAGUGCUAUACUUCAGUCUGGGCCUCGUCCAGCUCUUCGCCAUCUGGCUCCAACUGGUAAUGCUCCAUCCUCUCGUGGCCUUCCUACUACCACUCAGAGAGUCGGGUCUGAGUGCCCCGACCACUUGGCUAUGGACUUUGGUGGGACUGGUGCUGCCCAGCAAGAGCUGACUGACAGCUGCCAGUCUGGAGGCAUCCCUGCGUCCAUGCAAAGCCUUGCACCUCGUUCUGCAGUUGCUGCCACUGCUCCCAGGGCUGUGGCUCCAUACAAGUACUCCUCCAGUGUCCGCAGCCCUCACCCUGCCAUUCAGCUGCUGCAGGCACCUCAGCCUGCAGUCCAUGUUCAGGGCCAGGAGCCGCUGACUGCCUCGAUGCUGGCUGCAGCACCCCUCCAGGAGCAGAAGCAGAUGCUGGGGGAGCGUUUAUUCCCACUUAUCCAGACAAUGCAUUCAAACCUGGCUGGCAAGAUCACAGGCAUGCUGCUGGAAAUUGACAACUCGGAGCUGCUCCACAUGCUGGAGUCCCCCGAGUAUCUCCGUUCCAAGGUGGAUGAAGCUGUGGCAGUCCUGCAGGCUCAUCAUGCCAAGGAAGAAGCUGCCCAGAUGGUGGGCACUGCUAUUGGUACUGCUGCUGCUACCUCUUAG